UGCUCGUGAAUAUGAAAUCGCGUAAAGUGAACAAGAAAGCGUGGUUGAUAUGCUGCGAAAAACCGAAAACCGUUGACUCUGAUUCGAGUGAUCGAGAAACCGAGGAUCACAAGGCGCAGAAUAAAGUGAAAAAUCAAAUAGAAGAUAAGGUAGAGAAUAAAGCAGGAAGCAGUUCGGAGGUUGAGAAUAGAGUGGAAAACAAAGUAAAAAAUCAAGUGAAAGAGAUGGAAAAUAAAGCGGGGUGCAGCAAAGUGGAGUGUGGCGUUCAGAAUGAAAUGGAGAACCAGGUAGAUAGCAAGACAGAAAAUGAAACGGGGAACAAGACGAAGGAUAAAGUGGAGAACCAAAUAGACAAGGUAGAGAAUAAAUUGGAGACUAAGAACGAUGUCGAGGAUAAGAUGGAAAACCUUAUAAACAAGGCUGAAAAUAAAACGGAGAAUGAAGCAAAGAGCAAUGUCGAGGAAGAAAUGGAGAACAAAGUAAAACAUCAGACAGAUGGCAGUGUAGAAAAUAAAACAGGGAAUAAAACGCAGAUCAAUAUCGAAGUUGAAGUGGAGAACAAAAUGGAAAAUCAAAUAGACAAAAUAGAGAAUAAAUUGGAGACCGAAACAAAGGAUAUCGAGGGUAAAAUGAAAAGCAAAAUGGAGAAUCAUAUAAACAAGGCUGAGAAUAAAAUAGAAAACGAAGCAAAGGACAAUGUUGAGAAAAAAGUAGAGAACAAAAUGGAAAAUCAGAUAGAUGGCAGCGUAGAAAACAAAACAAGGAACAUGGCGGAGGUAAAUAUAAAGGAUGAAGUGGAAAAUAAAUUGGAGAAUCAAGUAGACAAAGCUGAAAAUAAGAUGGAAAACGAAACGGGCGAUUUUGUUAAUGAAAUGGAGAAUAAAGUGGAGAACCAGACAGACGGUAGUAUAGAAAAUAAAGCGGAAAACAAGACGGAGGAAAACAAUUUCGAGAAUAAUAAUGUGGAGAACCACCAAGAAGAAAAGAAUAUUCUUUCCGCAUCAUAUACAACGGAUACAUAUCAGCCAUACACAUACGAUCUCUUGGUUAUCGGUGGUGGAUCCGGUGGCCUAGCGGCAGCUAAGGAAGCUGUGGGAUUAGGAGCAAAAGUCGCAGUUUUGGAUUAUGUGACUCCGUCCCCUAUUGGUACCACUUGGGGUCUGGGUGGUACUUGUGUCAAUGUGGGAUGUAUUCCGAAGAAACUAAUGCAUCAAGCCGCAUUGCUUGGUGAAGCUAUACAUGAAGCAGCAACAUUUGGUUGGCAAUUAGAUCCAAAGGCCAUAAAAAUUGACUGGGAAGCUUUGAGAACUGCUGUACAAAAUCAUGUCAAGUCUGUAAACUGGGUCACUCGUGUUGAACUUAGAACAAAGAAAAUUGAAUAUUUUAAUGCUCUUGGGCAUUUCAAAGAUGAACACACGAUAGUUGGACUUACCAAGAACGGAGAGGAAAAGAUUCUUACUGCCAAAAACAUAUUAAUUGCAGUAGGCGGAAGACCUAGAUAUCCCGAUAUUCCAGGUGCUGUGGAAUAUGGUAUAAGUAGCGAUGAUAUCUUUAGUUUGCAGUACCCUCCAAGAAAGACACUUGUCGUUGGUGCUGGAUACAUUGGUCUAGAAUGUGCUGGUUUUCUCAAUGGGCUAGGCUAUGACGCCACGAUAAUGGUUCGAUCCAUCGUGUUGCGUGGAUUUGAUCGACAAAUGGCAAAACAUAUUGCCGAAGAAAUGACACACCGGGGCGUGCAUUUUAUUUAUGAAGCGAAACCUAAGAAAAUUGCGAAACAAGAGGAUGGUCGCCUUCUGGUUGAUUGGAUCGACAAGGAUGGUCAAAUUCAUCAAGAUGUAUAUGAUACUGUUCUAUUUGCUAUUGGCCGACGUGCACUCACUGAAGAACUGAAACCGGAAAAUGCCGGAUUAAAGAUUGUUCCGGAAACUGGCAAGAUCGAUGCAGUUAACGAACAAACGAAUGUCCCAAACAUUUACGCGGUUGGCGAUGUACUUCACAAAAAACCCGAAUUAACGCCCGUUGCUAUACACGCGGGUAAAUUGCUAGCGAGAAGAUUAUAUGGUAAUUCGACUGAGAAAAUGGAUUACACGAAUGUAGCAACUACAGUGUUUAGUCCUUUAGAAUAUGGAUGCGUCGGACUGAGUGAAGAAGCAGCCAUCGCGAUCCAUGGGGAAGAAAAUAUAGAAAUUUUCCACGCGUACUACAAACCAACGGAAUUUUUCGUACCACAGAAGAAUGUUGAUCGUUGUUACGUGAAGGUCAUUGCGCUUAGACAUGAUGAUGAAAAAGUGCUUGGAAUGCACUUUAUCGGACCCAACGCGGGCGAAGUGAUUCAAGGAUUCUCAGCUGCUAUUAAAUGUGGCUUAACAAUUCCGAAACUGAAGUCUACCGUUGGAAUUCAUCCAACAGUAGCGGAGGAAUUUACGCGUAUAUUCAUUACUAAACGUUCGGGUUUGGAUCCGAAGCCGCAAAGUUGCUGCAGUUAGAUCGAUGUGUCCACAACGUCGUCGUACUUCUAUCAAUUACAUUCACAGAUUUAUCGAUUAUCCAUUAAGAGAUAAUGCGGGCCGUACUCUUGUGACAGAAGUCAGCUGAAUAUCGUUCUGCUGAAACAGUUUUCCCUACUGUAUUUGCGAGAGCGCUAGAAGACCGCAGUAUUAUAUAAAUAUAGCAAAAGAAUAGAAUUCCGAUUAUCUGUUUUAAUGUCGCACUAACAGUAAUUUUUUUAUAAAUAUUUUUCCACGCGCGUUUUGUAUAGCGUAUGCAUCGUUGUAAAAAAGUUAUUGUAAUACUUAUUUGAUAGCGAUAAUAAUACCUCAAUAUUAAUAAAAUGUUGAAUUUAUUAAUAUAAA